AUGGUAUAUUUCAUUGAUUCAAAUAUCAUAAUCGAGAAUCCGGAAUUGAAUAAAUUACCAUUAUAUUAUUUGCAUUUUAUUAAUUCCAUGGGCGUAAUCGUGAUUAUUACUGAUGCAUUACUAUGGAAACCAAAACGAAUUCCCUUUUUAGUUUCAUACAUUCCUUGUUGUAUGUUUAUUAGUAUAUACAUUGCAUACUUAGAGAUAACAAAUUCAUUAAAUGAUUAUAUAGAAUUACCAAAUUCUGAUAUACUAUCAAUUCUAUAUCGUUUUCUAUACUAUUUAUUACUAUGGUUAAUAAUUACCAUAUUCAAUAUAUUCAGUUAUGGAUUAAUUCGUUUACUUCAUUUAAAGAAAAAACACCAAAUGAACUAUUAA